AUGGCCACUCUUGAGCAAGUCUUGAACGAAACUGAAAACGGUGACAAGGUCUCGGUUUCCACUCUUGCUCCGCUCGUCGAGCCCGCCCCCACCACCCCCGUCGCGCCCGACCCUCCCAGCGUCACGCUUCCCGAAUGCGCACCAUCCACUCCUUCCCUGAGCCCGUCGUUCCGUAACGGAGUCAAGAGCGAUCUCAGCCCCGUAUGCCGGAUCGAGGGAUGCACCGAGGUCCACUCCAUCGACAACCGCGACACCGCGGUCGAGCACCUCGCCCGCGUGCACUACGACCUGACACCGCAGACGAGAGAGGCCAAGAAGCUGGAGGGCGAGUGGGCGUGCAAGGUCGAAGGCUGCAAGGAGGCGGCCGUAGACAUGAGGUGGGGGUCUUGGGAAACGCUCUGCCGGCACAUCAAGACGACACACUUCGGAUGGCUUUACGCGUGCCCGGACCCAAAAUGCGAUAUGCAUUACACGCGCUCGGACCAAUUGAAGAAGCACUUUGAGCGCGAGGAACGCUUGACCACAACCCACUGGUCCGGUCCAACACGUUUUCCGAAAGAAAGCGGAACAUAUAAGUAUGGGAGGCGCAAGUUCGUCCGCACCUUAUCUUCCCCGUCUCUAUCUGCGACAGUAGACAUGGGCUCUCUCAACGGGCGCCGGAAUCGGAACACGAAGGGGGAGGACAACUGGGCGCUCGAGCCCGUCGACCUCCCCACCGACGCUGACUUGUGCAGCUACCUCCACCCAUGGGGUCAAGCCAACGACAUCGGGCUUGGGCCGCCGCAAGAUUACCUGUACGGGGAACGCGACGUACACUACAUGCUCACAGUUCCGCUCUUCCAGCUCCCUCCGAUACCUCUGAGCCACAUCCCGAAUAUAUCACCGAAAGGCCCCAACGCCUUCCGCGUCUCUCGGUGGAGGAGAGCGUCGAAAUCUUCCACUCCUCGCAGACCGAGCAGGUUCCAGGAUUUGCGAGAAUCCCGCCCACCUUUUCGUCCUCUUCUCCCCGAACACUCGCGGUCUCCAAAACGCUCCAUCAGCCGCGACCUUGUUCACCACGCCGCGAGCGCGGUGUACACUCCACUGCCUCCCGCAUCGAUCCCCGCCGGCGUCCCCGAUGUCCGCCCGGCCAUCUCGAAGAUUCCUGCGAGCCAGAUACGCGAUCUCAUCCAGCGCCUCGACGCAAAAGGGCUGCUGUCGGACGCCGAGAACACGUAUCUCCGCAUGCUCCCGGCGACGGAGAGCAUCAACGGUACCUGUGCUCCCCGCGGGAGCCGUCUCGCGAUCGGCCUCUGCGUCCGAGGCCCGUGCCGCAGCCCGAAGAGCGGGCCUGUCCGACGUCUGGCUGGCCGUUCAUGGCGCCAGGGUCGUACUUUCCGCCAUUCACGGAUGGAAAGCCGACCUCCUCCAGCGCUCAAGACCACGGAGGGAACGGGCGCGCAGUGGGCGAAGAGAACAAUGAGGCGAGUUCUGUUCUCGUAUUGGCCAGGUGUGAUUACGCGAGAGCUGACGGUGCGUGGAGUGCAGAGCCUCGUCCAUCAGAAGGGCAAAGGAGUCGCGCGUCGUUUUGCGCCGGCCAAUGCCACGCCGCGCAGAGUCUUGCCGGAGAGGUCGUCGCGUCGCAGAAAGCAGGGGGACAACUGA